GUACACAGUGGGCACUUAACGGUGCAGGGGGAAGAAACACCCGACUAUGGGCUUUAGGGGCCUAUUGGACGGGCCCGAACACCGAGGCCGAGCUGGGCAGCGCUGUACCCCGAGUUUUCAAGGGUUCGGAAUCUAACCCGAGGCCGGAGCCAGUAGCAGCACCGGGAAAGACAGGCGGUGCUGCGCCGCCUCCCCACGCUUCCGCGCCCAGCUGCGCCCAGCUGCGGCCCUGCCCCCGGCACCGCGGUUGGCUGCGGCUCGGCGGCCACCGAUUGGCCAGCGCCGCUCCGCCGGGAGCCCCGAUUGGCUGUGACGCGCGGCCGGGCGAGGCCCCCGCCCGCGCCGCCGCCGCGCCCGGCGCUGGCCGGUCAUUGGGCGGCGUGAUCUCGCCGCGGUUCCGCGGCCCUGCCGCCAAAGCCGCCACCGCCGCAAGCAGAGCGCACCGGGCGGGCCCGGCGAGUGGCCAUGGCGGGCGCCCAGGACGCGCCGGGCCAGCAGCCGGAGCUCGACGAGGACGAAGCGACUUACUGCCGGCGCUGGGGUGCGCAGCACGCCGGGGCCCGCGAGCUGGCCGCGCUCUACUCUCCAGGCAAGCGCUUCCAGGAGUGGUGCUGCGUGGUCCUGUGCUUCAGCCUCAUCGCCCACAAUCUGCUGCACCUGCUGCUGCUGGCCCGCUGGGAGCACACACCCCUUGUCAUCCUGGGUAUCGUUGCAGGAGCGCUCAUCGCUGACUUCCUGUCCGGUAUGGUGCACUGGGGUGCCGACACGUGGGGCUCUGUGGAGCUGCCCAUUGUGGGGAAGGCUUUCAUCCGGCCAUUCCGGGAGCAUCACAUCGACCCAACAGCCAUCACACGACACGACUUCAUCGAGACCAAUGGGGACAACUGCCUGGUGACGCUGCUGCCCCUGCUAAACAUGGCCUACAAGUUCCGCACCCAGAGCUUUGAGGCCCUGGAGCAGCUGUACCCCUGGGAGUGCUUCGUCUUCUGCCUCAUCAUCUUCGGAACCUUUACCAACCAGAUCCACAAGUGGUCGCACACGUACUUUGGGCUGCCACGCUGGGUCACCCUCCUGCAGGACUGGCACAUCAUCCUGCCACGGAAACACCAUCGCAUCCACCACGUCUCACCACAUGAGACCUACUUCUGCAUCACCACAGGCUGGCUCAACUACCCCCUAGAGAAGAUACGCUUCUGGCGACGCCUGGAAGACCUCAUCCAGGCGCUGACGGGCGAGAAGCCACGGGCAGACGACAUGAAAUGGGCCCAGAAGAUCAAGUAACUUCUCUGAGCUGCCAUCCGGCUGCCAACCUCCCCCAGCCCCUGAACCGAAGCCAUCUGCCAAACUCCAGCCUCCUCCACCGGCCCCCUGCCCUCUCCCCCCAGGUGGAGAGACACCUCCUGGGCUGGCCCGGGCACUCCCAGCCCCUCCCUCAUGACACAGAAUACUUGAGCCACUGA